AGCGGGCCGGCAGGAGGGGAGUGAAUGGGUCCCGCACGCAAAGCAGAAAAGCGCUGAAACUGCGGAGGUUUACUUUGGUUCAGUUGCCUGCCGCCGACUGCGAGCGAGAGAGGAGGUGUGCGUUUGACAGCCAAAAGAACUGUGAAAUAUUUCACUUAGAGUUUGGUUUUGUAGUUAUUCGUGUUUGCUCUGUGGUGGCUUUUUCUUGUUGUGCUUCAGCUGAUGCUGAGAUGAAGCCCGUACCCUCAGCGCGCCUUACGCAUUAAGGUAUCCACACACCGGGACGCACGGCGCAUCUCCACUCAGUAACUCGGACAGAGGGAGAGAGGGGUCCGUUUGGAGUUCUACAGAUGGAUAUAUAUAACUCAAACUUUUUGAGAGUCAUGUCAGUAAUCAAUAACUCUAUUCAUCUUUUUGACCAACACUAAUGCUUGACGCUGCUCUCCUCCUGCGCGCACCGGAUGAAAAUCGAGCUUUUUGGUGUGUUUGUUGUUUUUUUGGUUUUCGGGGGGAAUGCUCUUUAUCACAGCACGGAUAACGGAUCCCUGACUCAGUCUGGCUUUCUUGGCACAUAUAAAGAGCCUCUCCAAGAUGUUACAGUCUCAGCGGCCCAGGCAUCAUUGGGCCACCGUACACUACCAUCACCACAUAUCACCACAUAGCUGGGGGUCCUGCUGUGUCUAGGAAUUAUCUACCCUCCACCUCCUGCCUCCGUCUGGGGGAAGAAAACGGAAUCUUAUCCAUAAGUGUUAGUGAACAUUGACAUUGGCUUUACGAGUCUCAUCUCUGGGCUACUAUGCAAUUACAACUGAUCUCCUUUGUUUUGAUCAUCUUGCACUGCAUGGAUUACACUGGUUGUCAGCAGCACAGCAGCUCCAGGCACCGGCAACAUAAACAGAUCUCUGGUGUGAGCUCAGGGUGCCAGCAGGGUGGCUGUCUGACCUGCUCUGACUACAAUGGCUGCCUGUCCUGCAAGCCGCGCUUCUUCAUGCAUUUGGAGAGGAUUGGGAUGAAGCAGAUCGGGGUGUGCAUGACUUCCUGUCCUCCAGGCUUUUACGGCACACGCUCCCCAGAAAGAAACACCUGCACAAAGUGCAGGUUGGAGUGCGACUCCUGCUUCAACAAGAACUUCUGCACGCGCUGCCGAGCAGGAUUCUACCUUCACCUGGGCAAGUGCCAGGAGAACUGCCCCGAGGGGCUGGUCCGCAGUGACACGCAGAGGGAGUGUGUUCCCAGGUGCCCUGCAGAGUGUGAGUCAUGUGUGAACAGUGAGACAUGUACACAGUGCCGGCCAGGCCUGUACCAGCUCAGUGGGAGGUGCCACCAUGUGUGUCCAGAGGACUACGAGCCCAAUGACAAACUCAUGGAGUGCACACCACAAGUGCACUGUGAAGUGGGCGAGUGGAGUGAGUGGAGCCCUUGUUCUCGGUCCGGUAGAACCUGUGGCUUCAAGCGGGGCCAGGAGACGCGCACACGGCAGGUCCUCCAGUACCCAUCACCCUUUGGUAAACCCUGCCCUGAGAUCUCAGAGAUCAAAGAGUGCCUGGUCAAGAGGAGGAAAUGUCCAGGAGCAGGUCCCAGAAGGAAGAAUGAGCGGAGAGAACGGAGGAAUCGCAACAACCGCAAAGAUAAGGAGAACCAAGAGGGGCGACGGGAGAGGAAGAGGGAAAGGGAGCGAGAGAGGGAGAGAGACCCAGGUGAACGUGAAGACUCUGAUAAUAGGAACAAAACAGAGCACAGGCACCGCAGAGGCCAUGACACAGAGCCAGUCUCCCCUGAAGAUGGCCUCAUACAGUAGUGCUCUGAUGCCUCCUCACCUUCCUCCUGUUAUCCUCCCAGGUUUCCUCCUCCAAAACUUUCCCCACCCUCACCCACUGUUCGCCCCCUCGCCCCCUCUCUGCAGGGGUGUUGCUGCUACCUGUAUGAUUUGAAAAUACUGUUUGUGCACAAAUGGGAUGGGGCACAUUCAGCCACAAGGCUUGGGCCACUCUGGACUUUAAAAAGUCUUUUUUUCUACCCUGUAGCCUCUACUCCUUCACUUCCACAACUAGAGAGUCUCUAUUAAAAGGUGCAGGAGACACUGCUGAGACUGCUGUUUGGACUGAAGAACAAAGUGAGCGCGUGGAGGACUGGCAGACGAACAGAGAGACAAAGACAUUACACUAUGUGCUUGUUGAUAUGGUUAUUUAAUGGGGCCCUGGUACAACAUUGCGCGUCUUGGUUUUUGAAUGUAGAUUUUGCAACAUUAUGUAGAACAAUUGUUUAUUAUUGUUGUUCCUGUUCUUUAGAUAUCUUUAUUUUAUUUGGUGCAGAAUUUGUAAAGAAAAAAUAAAAGUGAGUUUGCUCUUGCCAUCUUGUGAAAUCUUCAUAAUCACUACCAAUGACAGAUGUAGGAGAACCUGCAUGCUGUGAAUCAAAGGAGUAAGGUAAAAAAUCUUAAAACCAUUAACAUAUGUUCUGUAUGUGUUGGACAAAAGCUAGUUUUAUCCAGAUAAGUGAUAAAUCUAAUCUACCACUGGUUUUUCUUUUUGUGUAAAUGGAAUCUGUGCUCUCAGUAAAGCUCCUUGACUAGGAACCAAAAGCACCUGUAUGUCAAAUAAAACUAUAAUGGGUUUG